AUGCAUUCUGAUGGCGCUACGAAACAAGGAAUUCUAGAAAUGUUUGAUUCAUUCCUCAAACCAGCUGGUAGCACCGCAAUGAAACCGGAAAAAGAUUCUGUUUCUACGGUCUCCAACAUUCCGACGUCGAACAUCCGCACAUCAAAGAAUCCCAUGGCCAAUUCAUCCACAAACAACUCCUCCACGUCACUAUCAUCACCACAAACGAGUGGUGCACUCAAGAAUAGUUUCACGCCAAUACGGGCAAUCAACAGUGAAACGUUGAAAACCGAUGGUGGACAUAACCAUGAUCAAAAACCGCAGCAACAAUUCCUGAUGAAAAAAGUUGAAGCGAUACAUAAACCAGAACUGUCUCAUAAUGAAGUGAAUACUCCACAAACGGGCCUGUCAGGGGCUCGAAAGCCAUUACCUAUUGUGAAACCACUGUCUGAAAGUAAACCUGGAGCAUUAAGCAAGCCAAUUCCUGAGGUAGACACCUUGUUCAGCAGAACAAGUCUUCACAAGCUAGGCAGCAGUCGGGAUGAGAGGAUUCUGAGUCUUGACGAUGACGAUACUGAUGGCAACGCAUCUAUCGGCGAAGGAUUGAAGUUAUUCGGGGGUAAAUUGGGAGAAGUGAAGAAAACGACUGGUUUGGUUUCAAUGGCUAUUUCUGAUAAAGAUAAACUACGCUUGGAUGAGGUACCGAAUGAUCCGAAAAAAUCAACCGCUAAUGUUGCUGACACAGUCAAUGCUCUCAAGAGCCCAGCAUUGAUAGAAUCAGCAACGAACGUGAAGGCAAAAGAAUCGAAAACCCCACCAAGGAAAGAUUCAGACGGGAGCUCGUCUGAGACAACAAGUUCGAGUAGUACGACAAGUGACAGUAAAAGUCAAAGCGCUUCACCAAAUAUUAUUCGAAACCCUUCGAUGUCGUUGCCUCCACUCAAGAGCACCACAUCACUAAACACAACGAAUCUUCCGUCAAUCCCGACCAAAUCGCUGAAUCCCAUCGCAUCAUCUGACCCAAACGCUUUCUCGAAACGUCUCAACGCCUUUCUCAAAGUGCAUUCAAAGUCUGAGGAGGACAGUGCCGAUGAAGUAGAAGAGGAAGAAAUCGAAGAGGAAAUCAACGUUGACGAGUUACUGCAGUCGAAUGGUGAAGAUGACAACGACAGUAUUUCAUUUUAA